AGCGCGUGAGCUUUGUUGAGGUCGCCAUUUUUAAAACCCAUUUGUGCACAGUGUGUAUUGUGUAUGUGAUUCGUGUAUUUCGAGCAGACCGGAGUUUUUGCUGCAAGAAAGUUCCCUAAAUUGGUUUCUUUCAUCUUCAUGUAUUUCAGCUCAAGUUGUGAGACUACAUCUUUAGAAGCAGAGGACAGUUCACCAGAGGGACAAAUAAUCAACUGCUGAUAUUUGUAUCAUUGUAAAGAAUUGAAAUAAAAAAUGGAUGUUUGUGCCGUUGUAAAGCAACUCAGAGAACUGGCGUCGGAUCCCAAGAACAGAGAAGCCAUUGUCAAGGAUCAGGGAUGUCUACCAGGCCUAGUACUCUUCUUGGAUAAUGAGGACUCUAAUGUUGUCACCACAGCACUAGAGACGCUGCAAUUUCUAGCCGAGUGUCCAAGCAACCGACCUGUCAUGAAGAAGGAACUGGGCAUGCUCAUCAGUCUUCAAGAUAUUUUAGACAAGUCCAAAUACAGCAUCAGAGCCCAGAACCUAGCUAAGGAUAUUCAUAGUAGAUUGACGGCACCACCGAGCCCAAGCCCCCUGAAGCAAACCCAGAACACAACCCAGCAUAAACCCCACGGCAAAGUCAAGGGUAACAAGUUCUUUCUGGGCUCAAACAACAAGAGAGGAAAAGUGGUCACGCUACAACUCAGUGGGCUAAAUGAUCAGACCCACAGAGAUGCAUGUGAAGAAGAACUACUAAAGGUCAAGGGUGUGGUCAGUUUCACCUUUGACCUUUUUCAUAAGAGAUGCAUCUUGAGAACGAAGGCAGACUUGAAGCCAGAGAUCCUGGUAGCUGCUGUUGCAAACACACAGACAGUUUCUGCAGAGCAGGUGAUUAGAAAUGAAUAUGGAGAAGAGGUGUUUCUGUCCUUUGGGGCUAACCCUGCCACGGCCAACAAGGAGAACAACUCCCUACCUGACUACCUGCCAGAGGACGAUAGCCCAAUAAAGGGUCUAGACAAAGCAUUAUCCCGCAAGGGACAGGGUGAUCAGCAGCAGACAAGCUGGCUCAGUACGGCUGCAUCAUUCAUAUCUACAAGCUUCUACUGGUGAGGUGUCUUAGGAACCUCAAUGUGUAAAUAAUUCAAAACUCUUAAAAAGCCUUUGCUUGUCGAGUGACCGAGAGUUGUGUAUAGACUUGUGAGUUAUCUCGUUCAUUUCAUGACAUUUCCUGGCAGGCAAGUUAUAUUACGAUGGCCUCUGUGUCACAAAAAGCUGCCUAGGAUUGCGUCAAGCAUUUUCCAAGGGUGAGCAAGGAAUUUUUGCUUACACAGUGCUUGCCCAGUAAGCAAAGAUCGCAAGGGCAAAAAAAGCCAUGAAAUUUGGUCAAGGGAAAUAUACAUGUACGUACAUCCUUAAAUUUCACCAAAGAGUCAGCAAAAAUUCAAUCAUAUACAACUAACUACAUUUAUUAAUUUCAUCAGUUGAGAAAUCAAAAUUAUUGUAAAUACUUAUGUUAAUGUGUCUUUUUGUUAUCUAGGGAAGGGCAAGCAAUCUCUUCACCAAUUUUUUUCUCGUUGAGUUUAUCAAAAGUAACAUGUGCUGAUUUUCCCAGUUGUGUUUAAAAGUAAGGGGACAAAUGACAUGCAAUUACAGGUGAUAAUUUUUAAGCAUCACAGAAUUGUGACCAUUUCCAAACUUGAGAUUUGUUGUAAAUUUUAGGCCAUCUCUUGAUUCUGUAAUUAAUAUACAUAAUGUGUAACGUUUUUGUAAAAUGUAAAUAAAAGG